AGGCUUUGUGCGUAGAAAGAUAAUGGCUAGCUUCGCAGAAGUUAGAUAGUCUCGUACAAUCUAAGAAGUGAAAAUCAUCAUAAAGAAAGAUGGAGUUUGUGUAUAGACUGUGUUUAGUGAUUCCUUUACUGUCCGUUGUUUUAUCUGAUUGGCAAGGAGAUGCAUUGUACGACAUGAAAAUUAAACUGAAUGCCACUGGAAAUCAGCUGUCUGACUGGAAUCAAAAUCAAGUCAAUCCAUGUACAUGGAAUUCUGUUAUAUGUGAUGGAAGCAACAAUGUCAUUCAAGUAACACUGCCUUCCAUGGGGUUUAAUGGAAUCUUGUCACCAAGAAUUGGACAGCUGCAGUAUCUCAAUGUUUUAUCUUUGCCUGGUAACAAAAUAACUGGUGAAAUUCCAAAACAGUUCGGGAAUUUGUCAAGCUUGACAAGUUUGAUCUUGGAAAAUAAUCAAUUAACUGGAGAGAUUCCAAGUUCUCUCGGGAACCUCACUAAGCUUCAAAUUUUGAUUCUGAGUGAAAAUAAUCUCAAUGGAAAUAUUCCUGAUUCUCUUUCAAAUCUUUCAAGCUUAAACGAUGUUCGUCUAGCAUUCAAUGAUCUCACUGGUCAGAUACCUGAUCGUCUGUUUAGAAUUGCCAAGUACAAUUUUACAGGGAACAACCUAAAUUGUGGGACAAAACUUGAAUUACCUUGUGCAUCUAAUUUAUCUGAUGCUGGAGGAUCUCAUCAUUCAGAGCUUGGUGCAGUACUUGGAAGUAUUGGAGGAGCAUUGGCGCUCCUUAUUGUUGCCGGGGUUGCACUUUUCCUGUGGAAGCGUAAACGGAGAGGCUAUCGGCGUGAAGUUUUUGUUGAUGUUGCAGGUGAAGAUGAUCGACGAAUUGCAUUUGGACAGCUCAAAAGGUUUGCAUGGAGGGAAUUGCAAAUUGCAACAGACAGCUUUAGUGAGAAAAAUAUUCUUGGUCAGGGAGGAUUUGGGAAAGUUUAUAAAGGAGUCCUUCCAGAUAAUACAAAAAUUGCAGUAAAGCGAUUAACUGAUUAUGAAAGUCCUGGCGGAGAAGCUGCAUUUUUGCGUGAAGUUGAAUUAAUAAGUGUUGCUGUUCACAGAAAUCUUUUAAAGUUGAUUGGUUUCUGUACAACACCUUCAGAGCGGCUUCUCGUUUAUCCUUUCAUGCAGAACUUGAGUGUUGCCUAUCGCUUAAGAGACUUUAAACCCGGUGAACCAGUGUUGGAUUGGCCUACAAGAAAACGUGUAGCUUUGGGAACAGCUCGUGGGUUAGAAUAUCUUCAUGAACAUUGCAAUCCCAAGAUUAUUCACCGUGAUGUGAAAGCUGCAAAUGUUUUGCUUGAUGAAGAUUUUGAAGCGGUAGUUGGUGACUUUGGCUUAGCGAAGUUGGUGGAUGUAAGGAAAAGCUCGGUAACAACUCAAGUUCGUGGGACUAUGGGUCACAUAGCACCUGAGUAUUUAUCUACUGGGAAAUCAUCUGAAAGGACAGAUGUUUUUGGUUUUGGGAUUACGCUUCUCGAACUUGUUACAGGGCAACGUGCGAUAGAUUUUUCACGCUUGGAGGAGGAAGAUGAUGUGUUACUUCUUGAUCACGUGAAGAAACUGGUAAGAGAGAAGCGCCUCGAUGCCAUCAUCGAUCGCAACCUGAACAAGAACUAUGACAUCGAAGAGGUAGAGAAAGUGAUCCAAGUGGCUCUUCUUUGCACGCAGGCAACGCCAGAGGACCGGCCUUCGAUGUCGGAGGUGGUGAGGAUGUUGGAAGGGGAAGGGUUGGCGGAGCGAUGGGAAGAGUGGCAGCAGGUUGAGGUCAACCGUCGCGAGGAAUACGAGCGCCUCCAUCGGAGAUUCGAUUGGGGGGAUGACUCCAUUUAUAAUCAAGACGCCAUUGAAUUAUCUGGAGGAAGGUAACGAAUCAUCUGUAAUGAAAGAGAUUUCCACCAGUUUGUUCGCGUGAUGUAUCAUAUUGUUGUAUGGACGUGUUAUCACUGGCAAGCCUUUUUUAAUUAGGAAAUCCAGUAAAUAUGUCUUAUUUCAAAGUUAUAUGUUGUUAUUGUUAUUAUAACCUUUAUCAUUAUUUUUUCUUUUGUGUUAAUCGCUGAUUGACCCCUUCUAUUGUCA